AGUAGAUGAACGAUUGUGAACAAUGACACGAAGGUAUUCAGGAUAGUGCGUACCUCAAGAAUCUGCUGCCGAAAAGGUCAUAUUAAAUGAGUGGCAGAUGUCCUUCUACAGGCACACCAUGUCACUGCAACGUCCAAGUAUGCCGUGGGUGUGCUCAGUGUUCGCGUUGCUUAGAAUGUUCAGUGCAAUUGGUAGAUAGCAGACGAAUUGCCGAAUGUACCCAGUGUUCUCGUCAGUUUGUGCGGCCUAUUUCCCCAGGGCCCAGCACGUCACGUUCUUGUCCGCCCAUCUCACCGACAUCUUCUGGUCGGUACGUCCCGAUAUCACCGGGAAGUUCACGGUUACCACCUUUAAGCCCAGCAGCGUCUUUGCCCAGAUGGAACUCGGCAAAAGACCUCUGGAUCGGCGAAGAAACUAAACGAAACAUGCCUCCACAUGUUUACAAGUAUUACUAUCAGCGAACAAUGUGCUAUCGCAGGCAAAGUUUAUCUAAGGCUCUUCUGCAAGCCCACGACGUAGUCGCCCAUGAAGUUUAUGGAGAAGAUGCCAUCCGCGUCACGCCACCUCCCCUUUUACCCUAUCUUAAUGGCGGAGACGAAUUGGACGGACCCAAUGGAGAAGUGGAAAUGGAAAAUGUCACCAGGGUACGCUUGGUGCAGUUCCAGAAAAACACUGAUGAACCAAUGGGAAUUACUUUGAAAAUGAACGAAGAUGGUAAAUGCAUUGUUGCUAGAAUUAUGCAUGGAGGGAUGAUCCAUCGACAGGCUACUCUUCACGUCGGAGAUGAAAUAAGGGAAAUUAAUGGGACACCAGUUGCAAACCAGUCCGUUGGAGCGUUGCAAAAAAUACUCAGGGAAGCACGAGGUUCUGUCACCUUCAAAAUAGUUCCCUCUUACCGAAGUGCCCCUCCGCCUUGCGAGUUGUUCAGGAUUAAACCUCUGCCCGUACUUAUAUUUGUCAGGGCGCAGUUCGACUAUGAGCCUCUAGAGGACGACCUCAUUCCAUGCGCACAAGCUGGUAUAGCCUUUAGAACUGGUGAUAUUCUACAAAUUAUAAGUAAGGAUGACCACCAUUGGUGGCAAGCUCGAAAAGAUCAAGCUGGAUCAGCCGGUCUGAUCCCUUCCCCUGAGCUGCAGGAAUGGAGGGCGGCCUGCUCAUCGAUGGAGAAAUCUAAGCAGGAACAAGUCAAUUGCUCAAUAUUUGGCAGAAAAAAGAAGCAGUAUAAGGAUAAAUACUUGGCUAAGUAUAAUGCAGUUUUUGACCAAUUAAAUUUAGUUACGUACGAAGAAGUUGUUAAACUACCCAUGACUGAUCCAGCGUUUCAAAGGAAGACUUUGGUGUUACUUGGUGCCCAUGGAGUCGGACGAAGGCAUAUAAAAAAUCUCAUGAUAGCUAAACAUAAGGAUCAAUACGCUUAUCCGAUACCACAUACAACGAGGCAGCCAAGAGCCGAAGAAGAAAACGGUCGCGGUUAUUUUUUCAUAACCCAUGAUGAAAUGAUGACCGAUAUUGCUGCGAAUGAAUAUCUAGAAUAUGGAACCCAUGAAGAUGCCAUGUAUGGAACUAAGUUGGAUACGAUUAGAAAAAUACAUCAAGAAGGAAAAAUGGCAAUACUCGACGUGGAACCACAAGCGCUAAAAGUUCUUCGGACAGCCGAGUUUGCACCUUUCGUUGUGUUCAUUGCUGCUCCACAAUUGCAAAACGUGGCAGAUUUUGACGGUAGCUUGGAGAGACUCUCCAAGGCUUCAGAAAUGAUGAAGCAAGCUUACGGCCAUUACUUCGACCUGAUUAUCGUGAACAACGACAUCGAGGAGACCAUCGUUGCCUUGGAGGCCGCCAUUGAGCAGGUUCAGACCACUCCUCAAUGGAUCCCGGUCUCUUGGGUCUACUGACAACACGAGAACCUGGACUAUUACGGGUCUCUGCAGUAUUUUUAACAGUGAAUAUGACGGCGACCUUGUGUAAGGUUCGCUCUUGACUAUGACGACGACUCAGAUAAGCGUACGUAUUCAAUAAUCCACCAACAUCAGUAAUUAGAGCCACCGAAUCAUAUUUCAAUUCUGUAUUUACUCACUAAAUUAAAUUAACCCAAUUUUAAUCAUUCAGCUCUUUAGGCUCUUUUAUAGAUGUUCUGCGCGGCUUUUGAUCGUUAAUUAGUGUGUUUGCAUCAAUUUUUAUUGAUUAUUAUUAAAACUCUACUGGCAUGCAUCAUACGAUGCCAUAUGCAAUUAUACAAAAGUUUGGUGCACUAAUUGAAUUUUUAAUUCGCAUGUUACAUCCACAAUGUGAUUAUAAAAUCCUUUAAGGGCGCCUUAGAUCUCUUAAUACUUUUAAUUAAUAAAAAGCGAUCCAUUUCGCUUGAUCAGCUCAUAGCCAGUAGAUUAUGGAAAUUGAAUACAGACGUGUACUAUCCGAUUUACAGGAUCACAAAUUUUCAGCCAAUAUGUACCUAGUAAUCAGCAGAAUUACUCAAAAGUUUCCAAUGAGUAUUAAGUAAUUUGAGCGAACACUCAAAAAAGACUUUCAAAUUCAUGUUGCAAUUCAGGGGCUUUUGGAGAUCCGAUUGUUUCCAUUUCCUUUCGUCUGAAAUGCUAGGUUUUUUAAUUAUGGUUGAUUCUCGUUUCAAAAUGUGUAUCCUGUAAAUCAAUGCGUAAACUCAAGCAUCUGGGAAUUAAUGCUUUAAUAUUGACUAACUCGAAAAUGGACUUCCAAAGAUCAAUUAAUACAUUAGAUCUAGAUAGAUUUAUGAUAAUUUGGAUAUGUACUCUCGGGGUGCAACACGACAUGCGCAAGUAAAAAAAUAUUUAUUAAUUUAUUGCAUCUUCUUGCCCUUUGAACGCAAUACCAAAAGUAUUACGUAAUACCAAAAAUACCAAAGUAUAGUCAGCUUUAGAGAAUCUUAUGACUGAGCUGCUAUUUCCAAAAAUUACAGACUUUUUUGACUCAUAAGAGAAAAUAUCCCUGCAAACAUUCAACAGUACAUACUGCUUCGGAGUUUAAUACCAAUAUCAAUCGUGUUCGGGGGUUAAACUUUCAUUUUCCAAAUUUAUUAUUUUUCUUUCCAUUCCAACAUUUCAGAUGGUAGUCAGUCAAAACUCACGCAGAAGUUUUUUGCAAUAUUAAUCUUCCGUUGCAGCAUUUGUUUAAAUCAAUUUUUAACUUGCUAUAGCAAUAAUAUCAAAACGGUAUUCUAGAUACCAUCUGAAGAGUUGUGGAUACUGCUGAUAAUCGCUUUAUUAGGGCUUUUAUACUAUAUUAAAUGAAAACAAUACAAUAAUUCGUCUGUUCAUCUUGUCUGCAGUGAAAAAUCAACUAAGAAGGAUCGCGUCUUUUUACCCCGGCAGACUCCUUUCGUUAUGUGUAAAAAAUAAUUAUUCGUUCAAUUUCAGCAGAUUGAUAUAUGUAAAUAUUUUGCUUUGCUUACUUUAUUGAUACAAUAUGUUAUAUCAUUCAUAUAGAUUCAUGGAAUAAUUGCAAAAGAACAUCGAUUCUUAGGGGAAAGAAUUUCAAAGUAAAUAACUGAAGAAUCAUAGGAAUAACCAUACAAAUCGAUUGUAGAAAUUCAAGCUCAAUCAAUUAUUGAAAAAGCAAACGCGUCUCUUCUUCGAAAUUGACUACUGUAUUGUGCAAAUGAUUCUCAGAAACUAAAAGCAUGUUAAAUAAAUAUUUUAUACCCGCUCGAUUCAUCCUGAUGGGGUAAGAUACAGCGAACAAAGAGAAGAAGAAAAUUGGUCUUCUCAAAUUCGUAUUGAAAAAUAUAGUUGUUGAUCAGUACCGAAACUGUAGGACAAAAAAUUAUACAUAUUAAUCGUACCUCUCAAUUAAUUUUUUAUUUGUUUGAUAGCUAAUAUUAUAUUGUUCGGAUAUGCUACGUUAUAUUAUGAUCGACUAGUUUAAUAAAGAAAUAAAGUAAAAUAUACAAAAGUCGCAGGGCUUAACAGAGCUCAAUUCAAGAAGUGAAAAUUAUUUAUAGCAAUACACAUAAGUAUUAUUAUAUAAUUCGAUAACAUAUUUUUUCAACCAUUUAACCAAGUAAUGAGGUAUAUUUUACACCUAAUUUUAAAAUCAUUAUAUUCUCAUUAAUAUAGCGAAUAUUAAUAAGAUGUGUUCACUGUGAAGUUUGUUUAUAAAGUUCUUGGCAGGAAGCUAUUAAAUUUUGAUGGUAAGUAAAUCGAAUGAAGUUCACAAGCAAGUAUUUUUCUACGAGUUUAUUUUCUAAACAAGCUGCACAUAAUUAAAUAUACCUAUUUAUGUGAUAUUGUCAAUGUUCUAACUUUAUUUCAUUGUUUUUGUAAAGUAAGUAAAAUAAUGAAAUAUAAAACGAAUUAAAACCUUAGGAACCGCAAAAAUUAUCUUGCUAACUUACUAGGGCUCAUAGGUAGGAACAUAGAACACGUAGUAGGCAACAUAAAACUGUUAAACUAUUUUUACUGUAUUUUUACUGUUUGAUGAACUAGUUUAAAUUAAAUUGGCGUUACUUUUUAAACAAAAAUUAACAGAAUUAUUACAAAAAAGUUAUAAUUGUGACGUAAUAAAUUAAACUUGUUAACAAAGAAAACCCAUCAAUUAUCCAUUAUGUUGCGUUUCAUUAUGCUGAAAAUACAGUAACAAUAAGAAAAUUUUAUAUUUUAAUAAAAUGUUAAAUUACAAACUCUAAGAAUCCCUGGAUAGUCAUAAUACAUUUUUGCAGUACUCUACCCCGUUACCGCGCUUUUGUAACUUACAUGCCAUACUUUGUAACAUUCAAAUUAUUUAAUGUUUGAUGUAAUAUUUAUUUGAAUUAUUAGAAUAUUUAUUUAUUAUCUUCAUAGGGAAUAGUUAUAAAUAUUAAGUUUAAGUUAACAGUCUAUUGUGUUUUAGAGGUGCAAACAUAUUGAUUUGUCAUUCGCGUUUAAGAGGGUGUUCCAAAGAAAUGUUAAACAUCUGGUUAUUAUUGAAUAUUUCUUAAAGCUAAUUAUUGGCCUAUAAAUAGCUAUUAAUGUGAUUUUUUGGUAUUUAAUUGUUUCAAAUUAUGAGAAAACUUCCGUUUUUAAGUCACACUAACAGUAUUAUAAUAGCAUCGAAAUUAUUAAAGUUUUGCAUUGAAUCCAACAAUUCGAUUUGAUUGGACGAAUAAUAAUAAACGGGACACCCGGCGUGUAUUUUCAUAAAGUUAGUAUUCACUUUAAGAUAAUGUUGGAUAUUCGUAGAACAUUUAUCAUCAUUUUAAAGAAUGUUGUGUAUAUAUUACGUAUGUUCAUUUUAUACAUAAACAUGUUCACCGUUGCCUGUAUAUUACCCAUUCACGACACCAUUUUAUAUCAAAAGCAUUUAAGAGGUGCAAGUGUUCAUUGGUUUUUGAUCAUGUGGAGAUUGAUCAGUUAAUACACGUAAUUUAAAUUUGAUUGACUUAUGAAUCUUUCAACUGAACACGUAUGUUAUUUUGCAUUUUUUGCAAAUGUGCUUAUUAAUAAAUUGGUGUAUGAUUAAAAUAUAAUAAUUAUAAAUGUAUUAAUCUCUACAUUUUCAAUACAAAAAAACCCCAAUUCAUGUGACAUAAGUAAGUUUUUGCUUCCUGAUAAUUAUAAAAACUGUACCUAUAAUAAACAUUUUUAUAAAUCCUUAGUGAGAAAAAACUUAAAGUCCGUUUAUGGUUUAAUUGCCUAAUUAAGUGAUUCUUUUUUGAAGCGCCUGAUGAUAUGGGCUCAGGUUUUGCGAUAUUCAAGUGGGAAGCAUUAAGCAAUUAAUGCGGCAUUCUUGAUCCGAAACGGAAAAUUUAACGGAUUUCGAUUAAAAGUUUACUUUAGUAAGUUUUUUCCCACUAUAAGAAGUAAAAUCGAUGAUGAAAAUUCAAUAUUUUAGAAUAGAAAGAACGAGUUCGCAUUCAUUAAAUUUAAAGCGAUAGGUGAGAAUAAUGUAGUUGAAUAUUUCUGAAAUAAAGAAAUGUACCGUUAUAAUAAA